AUGAACUUCUUGGAGCGGGCGCUCGAGUGGAAGGCCCAAUUCUCGCAGGACGAACAAAUUCGCUAUUUUGGCUGGUGCCUGCUCCUCUCCUGGAUCGUCUCCAUCGUCUACAUGACGCGCGAUUUUUGGUAUCCAUCCGCAAUUUAAUAGCCCCCCUUUUUUUACAAAUUGCCCUCCCAUCGAACAGGAAUAUUCACGUACAUAAAUAGUUUUUUGGAACUUUCAAAAAAUUCACUGCGAUUAAUAACUGCGUGAAAAACGUUUAUUUUCAACAAACAAUUGCGAGAAAGAGACACGGAUUUAUUUUUAUUCGUUUUGCGAUUUUUGCGAGUGUAUAUGCAUAAUUCUAGAAAAAUUCAAUUUCGUUUUUUUGUCUUCAGAAUUUCGUAUCUAGAAACGAAGAUACUUUUUUUCUUUUUUUCAGUUAAUGCGAGAAUCAGAAAAAAAGAGUUCUCAAAAAACGUGUAUGGAGGAAAUUUUAUGAAUUAUAAAUCAUCCAAUAUUUUAAUUACUUUCCCGGCUUUCAUAUUCACGAAGAAACUGACUGUGAGCUGGUGAGUCCAGUUUCCCUCAAUAACCGGGACAUUUUGACAACUAAACUCAGAAACGCUGUAAACCUUGGAAAAAGGCCCAUUUUCCAGGGUCCCUUCGGCUUUUAACUUACCGCCUUUGCGAGAGAUACCCAGAAGAGAUCCUAACGUCUCGCCUCGACGUAAACUGAGCAGAAUUGGGUUGGUUGCGGUGGUUACAUACAUUCAAUUUUUUUUUAAAAAUUAAUUUUUUUGAUUCUACAAGAGAGGUCAUUUCAGGAUUUGAUGGAGAAAUUUUAGAAAAACUUUAUUUAAAAAAACUCCUCGAUAACUAGAUAAAGAUUCACAAUUUUCUAGCUCUCUGAACCGACAUCAGUGCUCGUUUACAAGGAUUUGAAAAGAAAUAUAAAUUCAAAUCUUCUUCUUGAAAAAGAUUUUUCAGGGGAAAAGCGACCUUUUGAGGACCUCAAAAGAAUGACAAAAGCGCCUUUUUAAAAACUUAAAAAAGUACAAUGAAGUGUCUUUCAGCUUCUUUUCUUUUUCAAGAAAAAGGACCAGGGUUAUCAUUGCUCAUUGAAAUCAUUAUGACUUUUUCUGUUCAAAACAUUUUCAUCUCCUUCAAAAGGACCUUUCCGAUGAAAAGUUUUCAAAAAACGCUACUAAAGUUUUCAAAACUUUCUUUUUAGGCAUUUGUAGACUCUUUCCUUGUUUGGAGAUAUUUCUCUCAAAAAAACCUAAAAAAAUUUAUUCUCCAAAUUGUUUAUACUAAUUCACUUUAUUACAGGAGAGAUCUUCAGCAGCUGGCGGUGGAUAGAAGAAAAUGGGCUCGGAUUGGCUCAAUAAGCCACAGUCCUUCGCCGAUUCGAUGAAUCAUCGGAUCGGCUUUACUCUGCUUUUACGGGUUUCUGUAUACUUUCUAAAGGUAAAUAUUGAAAAGGGACUUUAGAAUGAAAUUAGCAUCGCCAGAUGCUGUUUUUUCACGCUUACGAAAAUCAGUACUGGGACAAGUCGAAGAUGUCUCUGAAAAACUUCAUAACUCUCCAAGUUAAAAUAUAAUCAAAAGGUCCAAGUCAUACCUUUUGCGCUUAAAAGAAUCAGUAUGCAAAGAACUUUGGAAACCUAUAUUUUUCUUCAAAAGCCUUGGAAAAAAAUUUCUGGUUUUCUUGGAGAAAAGAAAAAAAUAAGCUUGAUUGAUGAGAUUUUAGUCAACCGUUGAACAUUUAUUCCUUUUUUCAACAGGCACCUCAGCCAUUUUGAAGAGAAAAUUCAGAAUGAGCAUAAAAAAUAGAUUUAUUUAUAAAGGAGUCUCACAGUUGGCUGAAAGUCCUUCUCAGUUGUUUUUUUCUUUCUUUAGAGCUUCGCCUUACUUCAUAAUUUGCUUCUUCCUCAUCAGAAAUGAUCCCACUUUUUUUUAAUCUUCCGUUUUCAGAUUCACUGGUCCGAUCAAACAGAACCAGGACAAAGAACCAGCACGAGGUCGACAACGAUGAGAAGCAGAAACAAAGCGAGAAAAAGAAUCCUGGUGUUAUUUGCCCCCACACGCACGAGUACUCUCGUGAUUCCUGCCAGCUGUUGCGUUCAGCCUGGGUGGUAG